AUGUUGGUUUUGUUGAUUAUCUCUAACUAUCAAAUACUUCAGAAUAUCGUCAUACCCGAACCAACUAUAUAUAUCACGGAAACCCGCGAGAGAAAGCCAUAUAUCAAGGCUGUAAAAGGGAACAAGGAAGCUGGGAUAAUUGUCGAGAAGAGCUACAUUACCAGCAAGCAGCUCCCAGCAGCCAUGGAAAGCCCUGGUGUUGCGCGACCUAACGCAGCGGUAUCUUUGGGAAACCUUGAGGGCGACCUUGAAUGGGCCAGGAAAUGUGACGGUUUAGGCGAGGCUGGUCAUUGCAAGGUCUUCCACGUUGGUGCUUCUACUCGGGGCAAGUUCAUCACAGUCUUCAAAAUCUCCGAGGAUCUUAUCGAUUACCUCUGCCUGGCCACUCACAUGUAG